AUGAUGAAGAUGAUAUGUUCUGAUGAUAUUAUUAUUCCAUUUCAAAUACUUUCUCAAUAUGAUUAUCAUAUUGCAAGGUUGUUUUAUUCAACUUUAUUUUCAUCAAUAUUAAAAUCAUUAAAAGAUAAAUUAUCUCAAGAUGAAUACACAGAUUUAAUUCAAACAAUUCAACAUCAUUUUGAUGUUAUGCUAUCACAAUCUGAAAUAUUUUAUCCAUUAUUUAUAGCUGCUUUACUUGAUAUUGUAACAACAAAUAUUACACCACAAUCAUCACCACCACUACGACCAAUAACAACAGCAACAUCAAAUUCUGAAUCUACAUUUGUUAAACGUUCUUAUAUUGAAAAACAAUAUUCAUUUGAAUUAGCAACUUUUUUUCUUUGUCAAAAAGACUUUGAUCAUAAGUUAUCGAUGAAUUGUUAAAAUCUUCUUAGUCGUGAUUAUAAUCAAUUAGCUAGUCUUUGUGAUGAUUAUUUACGUCGAUAUGAAAAUAAUGUAGAUGAAAAUAGUUUAAUGCAAAUUUUAUUUUCUAAUAAUAAUGCUAAUCAAAUUGAUGAAUUUAUAAUUAAAUCGAUUUUAUUAUCAAUUUCAAUAUGA